AUGACCCCGUCUAUCACUCAAACCUCUGCCCCCGUCGCAGACUCCCAUGUCUCUUUCUACGCUGAUGACCUGACCAUCAGCUUCAACCAGAACCCCACGCAGUUCACUGAUCCCCGGACUCUGAUGAUGAAGAUGACGGAUCACAUGCUGCAGGCGAACUGGAAUGUCAAGACCGGCUGGAGCGCGCCCGCAAUCAUUCCCUACGCGCCGCUCCCGCUUGAUCCCGCGUGCUCGGUCUUGCAUUAUGGUACCGAGUGCUUCGAAGGCUUGAAGGCGUGGCGCAACAAGAAGACGGGAAAGGUGCAUAUUUUUAGACCCGAUCUCAAUGCCCGUCGUAUGAACAAGUCGUGCGACCGCAUCGCGCUGCCUUCGUUCAGCGACGAGGAGUUUGUCAAGUUGCUUCUCAAGUUUGUGCAGAUCGAGAAGCGGUUCUUGGCAUGGGAAGGUGAAGUCGAGAUGGCCGAUGAAGAUGACCAUGACUUCCUCUACCUCCGCCCGAUCAUGAUCGGCACCACUCCGCAGCUCGGCGUCGCCACGCCCUCGGACGCGAUGUUCUUGAUCAUCGCGUCGCGCAUCCCCGCUUACAACAGCAAGCCCCUCCGUCUCCUUGCCUCGUCUCCCGAGCAAGCUGUGCGCGCCUGGCCCGGUGGAUUCGGCGCCGCCAAGGUCGGUGGCAAUUACGGCCCGACAAUGCGCCCGAUGAGCGCGGCCGCAAAGCAUGGAUAUGAUCAGAUUCUCUGGCUCUUUGAUCCCGAGCGCCGGCUCGUGACCGAAGCUGGCGCGGCGAACUUCUUCGUCGUGUGGUCUACUCCCGCAGGAAAGACCGAGAUCGUGACCGCUCCGUUGAGCAACGGUACUAUCCUCGACGGCGUCACGAGACGCAGCGUUCUCGAGCUGGCGCGCGAGCGGCUCGCGUGCGAGUCCCUCGAGGUCAUCGAGCGCGAUUUCGGCAUCGACGAGGUAGUCAAGGCGCACGAGGAAGGACGAUUGAUCGAGGCGUUUGCGUGCGGCACUGCGUUCUUCGUUGCUCCGGUUGCUGAAUUGGGCGUCGACGGUCGGGAUAUCAAGGUCCCGUUGGAGAGUAACGGCAAGUCUAAGAGUUACGCGCAGACUAUCAAGAAGUGGUUGACUGAGAUUUUCACCGGGGAGGUGGAGCACCGGUGGGCAGCUGAAAUUGAGUGA